UUCACCUGAUCUCACCUGUAAGGUUUAACCUGAUUUAUACGUUAUUUAUCAACCAAUUUUAUUGUUAUGACUGUGUACAUUUUAGUGUAGAAUUACAACAAAAUAUUCAUGUGAAGUUUUAUUGGAUUGUUACAUGUAAUGUAUACGUGUGUAACGGUCAUGCUAUUUAUAGACUUAAAGAUGGUUAAUGCUGUUUACAAAUAAACGGAUAGUGAUCAUCUUUACAUAUUCUCAGGGAUGUCGAUAAAACAAUUGGCAAUUUACAUAUUUUUUAUACAAGCUUAUUCUGCAAAAUACACACCGGACUGGAAAUCUUUAGAUUCUAGACCUUUACCACAAUGGUACGAUGAAGCCAAAUUUGGUAUAUUUAUCCAUUGGGGUGUAUUUUCAGUUCCAAGUUUUCAUUCGGAAUGGUUUUGGAAUUAUUGGAAACUGCAGAAAAUACCAGAUGUUGUAUCUUAUAUGGACAAGAAUUAUCCACCGGAUUUUACAUAUGCUGACUUUGCUUCACAGUUUACUGUGGAGUUUUUCAACCCACGGGAGUGGGCUGAUAUUUUACAGGCCUCGGGUGCACGGUAUGUUGUCCUAACCAGCAAACACUGCGAAGGGUUUACAAACUGGCCCUCAAAAUACUCCUUCAACUGGAACUCCAAUGCCACGGGUCCUAAUAGAGAUUUAGUUGGCGAAUUUUCUAGUGCUAUUCGAGAAAAAACGAAUUUAAAAUUAGGAUUAUACCACUGCCUUUCUGAAUGGUUUAAUCCACUUUAUCUCAGUGACAAGGAAGCCAAUUUCACAACAAACGAUUUUGUGAAGUUUAAGAUCAUGCCCGAACUUUAUGAACUGGUCAGUAAAUAUAAACCAGAGCUGCUUUGGUCUGAUUUGUGUGAGAAAAAAGGACCUGCAUCCUAUUGGACAUCCAGGGAAUUCCUUACAUGGCUUUACAACGAAAGUCCAGUGAAAGAGACAGUUGUAACCAAUGACCGUUGGUGUGAUGUUUGUUUGUGUAAACAUGGCGGGUAUCACACCUGCACAGACAGAUAUAACCCAGGUACAUUGCAGAAGCAUAAAUGGGAGAACUGUAUGACAAUAGAUCAGAGGUCAUGGGGAUAUCGUAGAAAUGCAAAUAUAGAAGAUUACCUAUCUGUGCAUGAGAUUAUUACAACUUUCGCAUCGACAAUCAGUUGUGGUGGAAAUAUGUUAAUGAAUGUUGGUCCAACCAAAGAUGGAAUAAUUAUGCCUAUAUUUGAAGAAAGACUUCGACAGUUUGGUAGCUGGCUGAAAGUGAAUGAGGAGGCUGUAUAUGGAACUGUACCAUGGAGUCAUCAGAAUGAUAGUUUGACCAAAGAUGUUUGGUAUACAAUGCGACAAACUAAUAAUGAAGGAACUGUUGUUUAUGCUAUAGUGUUGUCAUGGCCAGAGCACUCAGUGUUGAAGUUAUUUGAACCUUUAGCAACACCAGUCACAUUAGUAACCAUGCUUGGUUAUCAGGGACAAUUUAUUUGGAUUCCUGGAACUGAAUAUCAAGGAAUUUAUAUAGAUGUGCCAAUGAUAUCAUGGAAUAAACUGCCUACUCAGUGGGCAUGGAUAUUUAAAUUGACUUUUAUAGACAAUUAGUCUAUUAUUAACAAAUAAUUAAACAUGACUCUGUCUCCAGUUACCACCAGUCUGUUACUGAAGAAUCAACCAGCUAUGCAACUUAUUAUUAUAUCAACUUUGAAAAGGUCUCAAACGAAAGAAGAACUUGUUUAUGACAUACACUAUUUUUGAACGUAUUUGCUGGUAGCAAAACAGGGAAUGAGGUAUCAUCAAUUGAUAAAACCAUCAUCUUAUCAAUUACAUUUUCCUAUAAUUUUUCAGGUUUGCAAUGGAUAUUGAUUUAAAACGCGAGAAAUAAUAUGAAUUAGUAAAUGUGUAUUGUUUUCUAAAAGAACAUCAAUAGAAAACUAGAUUUUUAUAUGAAGAGUUUUGAAAAAUGCUCAAAGUAAAUCAGCCAAAUAUGCAGUGCAUUGGUAUACAAAAUAAAUUGCACAAUAAAGAAUAACUGUUAAUAAACGAGCAUCCCAUUAUUUCAUCGAUACAGUUUUUGUAUUACUAUAUCAUUAAAUGGAGUUUAGAAGAAAACAUCCAUUCAAUCAUCCUUUACUUCAACAUUCCUUUCUUGAACACUUUGUUGUUAUUAUUUUCGUUCCGAGCUGUUCAUCGUUGUGUUUUUUUAUUCACAGUAAUAUAAUUAGAUAAGAGACGUCUUCAAACCCUCCAUAUAAUGAAGCCAUUUCGACUACUAAUACUUAAUAGGUUUUUACACGAGUUUAAAAAUUAGGUUUUAUAGCGGAACUGGAACUACAACUAUGUUCAAUCCUACGUUUAUAUGUAAUGU